AUGUUCGGCCCUCCAACAACUAGCAACCGAAGCCGACAGGUGUGGAUUCGCGCUGUGAUUUUCGUCGGUCUUUAUCUGAUACUUUUGCUGUCGUUUACGCAAUGCGCGCUGGUUCUGUAUUUGUAUGGCACCUCUCAAGUCGAUGGGUUGAUGACGCCUAGCCUGAUUAUUGGGUUGAUUGCUUCAUUCCUAUCAGUCCCGUUCGUGGUCAUACACACAAUCCUCUCAUGGCAAUAUCGGAGAGCACCCGGAUUGAAUAUGCCGCGCAACGCGCUGCAUAUGGCAUGCUCACAUCUUCCACGCAUCAUGGUGGCUAUGUGGCUCGCUGCUUCAGUUGCCGGUUUAUUCGUUGUCUCGAAGCAGGCGGUAUGCGUCGCAUCUACCACCACACAGAAAUACUGGAAAGCCGGUUUGAGCUGUCAGAUUCACAGAGGAACGGUUAUUCUAGAAAUUCUGGCCUUUAUUUCUGCGUCAGCACUCUUUUUCUGCUUUCAGGUCUGUGAACGUCCAUUCGGUGCAUCCUUACUCGGUCUCUAUGCACCACAACGCCCACCCCAAGACGGCAGUAUCUUUUCCGAAUCAAGCUGGGAGAGCGAAACACUCAAGAACGAGAUUCUCUAUCUAUGCCGGCAUCCUGAUGCUGGUCCCGGAAACGGGGAGUUAUACUGGUCGCCCAAUGAUAGCUCCCUUUUCGAGACUCCAGUACGACCUCCCAGCAUCCGAUAUCCGGGGCCCACGCGAGUCCGUCCACAAUUACAUGUCAAUACUCAUACAAACUCGAUCAGACCAUCGAUUGUAGGUGCUACUUCUGUCGCGACGGAUACAUCUCCCAAAGUGUCGCCUGUAGAAGCAACAGCAGGCGCCAGAUCAUUCAGUUUACGAAGUGAUAUCUCCCCUUUAUCGAGGAAUCCUUCACUUACUUCAACUCUACAGCCUGGUACGGAGUCUGCUUUGACUAGACCACCACCGCCGCCGGUGCCCAAGAUUCCCGAAAUACCCGAGAUACUGGCCAAAGCCAAGACGAAACGUACGAGACAAAAGUCGUCAGUUUCAAGUCGAAAGUUUUUGCCUAAGGAUUGGUUGUCGGAGCCUCUAUCAGAAGAUCCGCAGAUUCGUGCUCUUGCUUCCCCGCCUUUGCCCCCUGAGUUUGAUGCAGUGUUUCAAUCGAGCGGGAGCGAGGAUGAAGAGAAAGAGAAGGAAGAGGAGAAAAGAGAUACUGCCUUACCCUCCCCUCCAGCACCGGUAGCGCCUCCAGAAGGAAGGAAAUCAUCUGACGAUGCUCAAUCUGAUUCUAGUAACGGCUCUUCUAUACAGACCAGACAUCGAUCAAUGACUGCACCGGGAAAUCCGCCUCUUGUUCUUCCUCCAGUCCCGCUGAUGGUCCGUAAAUCGCAGACAUCAUAUAUCAAUCAGACACCUCGGUCAAUACACCAUCCACAUCACCCUAAUUAUGUGCCUCCAGCAGUUACACCAAAGACAUCGACAGAGGGAAUCAAUAAACAACAAGCACCGAGAAACAAUCAGGGUCCUAUAAGCAAUAUCAAUAACAAACAAGCUAUCCAACGAGACAAAUCAAUAUCAAAAUCAACACGUCUCCCUCCUCGGCGCCAACUGAGCACGAAUCAUCAUCCAAAUCCACGUCUUCCACCCAGUCAAACAGCCUUACCAUCUCACCGCUCCCUAAAAGACAUGCAACGAGGUCUUCGCACAUCCUCGUCCUUCCGAAAUAGCCACAAUCAAUUCCCUCGCCGUACCCCAUCCCAUAAUACCCUGCAUCCACACCAAUUACAUUAUCAAUGUCAAUAUCAUCAUCAAUAUAACAUGCUACAUCAUCCUCCUCGGGUCUCUACAACAGCACUCAGGCCAGCAUAUACACGUCGCUUCCACUCCAACGAUGGCCGAGGCUUUGAUCCCGCGCGAACCUUACCCCCUAUCCCACGCAGCGACGAUACAGCAACUUUGUAUCCAAGUACAAGACGACCACGUAUUUCUACCUACGGCGGGUUUCCAAGAACUACUAGUACUACUAGCGGCACCCUUUCCAGUGCAGAGAAUACGUCGACAACCGGGACAAUAUCUGCGCGACGGACGUCAUUGAGUCUUGCAGGUGGAGGCGUUGCGUUGGACGGGGACAGGGAGAUUGUUGAGAGGAUGAAUACGUAUAGAGGUGCUGAGAGGACGAGUAUAUGUGCACCGCCACAAGGGGGUUUGAUGCGAAUGAGUAAAAUGGAUGUAUGA